UAGGUUUAAGGCCGUGAUUGGCAUUAUGAAAUUAGGGCAUUUGGAAAUUCCAUUAAUUAUCAAGAUUUGACUUUGGAUUUGGAAUUCAUUUCAAAUCCCACACGAUUCCCAAUUUCACAUCUAGGUUUAACGAUCUGCGAUUCUAAAAUUCUUACAGAGAAUUAGAUCCACCGAUAAAGGAAUCGAUAGCUAAUCCGGCUAUCUCUCUCUCAGUCUCUCUCACUCUCUCUCUUCUUCUUCACCGCUCAAACCCUAUCCCCAUAGUCGGCGGCAGUGUCGGGACGACUCUGAUCCGACAUCGUUGAAGGCAUAUCGAGCUGUAAUCUCAAAUGUGUAGCUGAUUCCAGUUCUUUCUAAAAUUUGUCUUCAAGAUUAAGCAAUUCCAGAGGGUGUAGAUUUUGCUCUGCCUAGGUGAAUUGGGUGUUUCGAGUAACUUCUUGUUUGAUUUGUGCCUCGCCACCACGGAAGCUUUUUUCAUUUAAAUUAUGCAAAGUGAAGAUUUGAUUGACCUCCCUGCUCCUAGCAAUUCUGGCUAUAAAAGUGAGAGUGGUGAGCUUCGUAAUUCUAAUUGUGAACCUAGUGGUGCUGAUUCUCAACCAAGUAGUGUAGAGGUUAAAAAAGACAAGCAAAAUGGGGAGAUCUCAGGGACUGAGGUUGAUGUUAGCAAUGGAGACAGCCAACUUUUGCCGGCAGCUGAGAUGGAUGGGGAGGAUGGAAGUCCCAUUACCAGUUACAAGAGAGAUGGAAGUCCCGUCAGUAACUCCAUUUCUGGUGUUAAGAAAGCCAGAAUGACAGCUGAUGAGCAGCAACCUUCAGUGCGUGUGGUGUAUAAUUCUCUAACAAGAGGCAGUAAACGGAAGCUUGAGCAGCUACUACAGCAAUGGUCGGAAUGGCAUGCGCAACAUUUUUCUUCAUCACAUGUUUCCAUUGAAGUGCCAGAAUCUGGUGAAGAGACAUACUUCCCUGCACUUCAUGUUGGUUUGGAUAAUCCUUCUGCAGUGUCUUUCUGGAUGGACAAUCAGCCAAUGAACCAGCAGAACAACAAGGAGUUUAUUACAUUGGAUAGUAAGUCAGUUCCACUUUAUGACCGGGGAUACUCAUUUGGCUUGACUUUGACAGAUGGUUCUAAUAAGCUGGAAGGGGGCUUGGAAAUAAUAGAUGCUUCCCGGUGUUUUAAUUGUGGUUCUUACAACCACUCAUUAAAGGAGUGUCCAAAGCCUCGUGACAAUGUAGCUGUCAAUAAUGCUCGCAACAAACUCAAGUCUAAGCGUAAUCCAAAUGUUGGUUCCCGUAACCCAACUCGAUAUUAUCAAGAUUCUCCUAGGGGAAAGUAUGAUGGUUUAAAGCCAGGUGUCCUUGAUGCUGAAACACGGCAACUUUUAGGUCUUGGGGAGCUUGAUCCACCUCCUUGGCUUAACAGAAUGCGAGAAUUAGGAUACCCACCGGGAUAUCUAGAUCAUGACAAUGAGGACCAGCCAUCAGGGAUCAAAAUAUUUGGUGAUGAGGAAACUAAGGAAGAAACGGAGGAUGGGGAAAUCCUCGACACUGACUAUCCUGAGCUGCCAAAGAAAAAGAGCAUCGAAUUUCCAGGAAUAAAUGCACCAAUCCCGGAAAAUGCAGAUGAAAGACGAUGGACAGAUGGGCCUUCAAAUCGAUCACACCGCAGAUCUAACUAUUCAUCAGAAUCCGUUAGCAGAGGCCAGUAUCACGAGCAGAGGCGGUCCCGGGAUUUCAGAGAUGAAGGGCCUCCCGGAUGUGACCCUGGAUAUAACGCAACCUCAUCUAUUUUCUCACCAAGAUAUGGUGGAUACGACUCUAUCUAUAGUUCCCAUUCCCAUAGUGCAAGAGGUAAUAUUUCGAAACCUAGAAGCCCUACUUUUGGAAGGUCCUUGUCAGACAGAGGUAGAUGGAGCCCUUCAGCCUAUGAAGAUGCUCCAACUUCUAGUUCAUACAAUUCUGUACCAUUUUCACCCCCGAACCGUCUGUUUUCACCACACAAUCAUGGCUCAGCCUGGGACGAUGUCAAAUACCACUAUCGUAGUUGGAAGUGAUUUAUCGAUGUGAUCAUAAUCAUCAGUAGUGGACAUUCUAAUCAUGGACUAGAUACAUGAGAUUAUAAUUGGCAACAACUGGAAUGUGUUAAUUGUACAAAGAUUAAAUAGGUGAUCUUUAGAUUAAAAUGGUCUUGUAGAGAUGUAUCUUUGUAUGUGAUUAACUAGUUAAUGCCAUCAUUACUCCUGUAACUUUGAGUCCCAGCCUCAAAGUUCCAACUUUGUGGGAUUUUCUUGCUCAUGGCUUUUUUGUUGUUUGUUAAUUGUAGUAGAACUAGUAAUGCUUUAGUCU